GGCAGACUCCCACUCGAACUUGCCCACCUCGACGGUUGUUCUACGGUUUGGUUCAUUGAACCUGGCCUGGCCCUUCAACACUCCCCAAGGCCAGCCAAGCCAAGGCCGCCAAGGGGCGUCCGGACUCCGGCGUCUCCUCCUUGCUUCUGCCCAGCCACAGCAAGCCCUGCCUCCCGUCCCGCCCUCCGCUCUCCGCCUACACCUUCUCCCGUCCAAGACCACACGCGCACAGAAAAAAGUACAGCUGGUCAGUGGUCCUGGUCAGCUGCUCCCGUACAAAAAGCGCACCACAAGCGGCGGCCAAGCCGUCCGCUGCCCCCCGCAUCGCCAUGGCUCUCGCCGUGCGCACGCCCCGCUUCCAGCCUCGACCGGCCUCCAUUUCUGCGCCCGCAACACCCGCCUCGAAUUCCCUCGCCGCCGCCGCCGCCGCGAACGCGAGGCCCCGCACCUGCGCCGGCGCCGCCGUCCGCGCUUCGCCCUUCACCGAGGCCACCUCCUCCUCGCGCUACCUCCGUGACGCCUGGUCCUACGCCACCGAUUGCUCCUCCAACUCCGCAUCCCGUUCCUCCGAUGCCGCCGCUGCGGCGGCGGCGCUGGGCCGCCGGGACGACGAGAUCGCACUGCAGCUGCCGGAGCUGCAGAGGCUCCUGGACGCGCUGAGGGCGUCCAGAAGGAGGGGCGCAGAGGGCGGCGGCGGCGGCGGCCGCGGACCCGGGAGGGUGGCACUGGUGGGUACAGGGCCCGGGGACCCCGAGCUGCUCACGCUCAAGGCGGUCCGGGCUAUCGAGGCGGCGGACCUGGUGCUCUACGACAGGCUGGUGUCUAACGACGUGUUGGACUUGGUCGGGGAGGGCUCCAGGCUUCUCUAUGUCGGCAAGACCGCGGGAUACCACAGCCGCACCCAGGAGGAGAUUCACGAGCUGCUGCUGAGCUUUGCGGAGGCUGGUGCCAAUGUUGUGCGCUUGAAAGGUGGCGAUCCUCUGGUUUUUGGAAGGGGUGGAGAAGAGAUGGAUUUCUUACAGCAACAGGGAAUCAAAGUUGAAAUUAUCCCAGGAAUUACCUCUGCUUCAGGAAUUGCAGCAGAACUAGGCAUUCCGCUAACCCAUCGAGGUGUUGCUACCAGUGUCAGAUUUUUAACUGGACACUCCAGAAAUGGUGGGACAGACCCACUAUAUGUAGCUGGAAAUGCAGCCGAUCCUGACACUACUUUGGUUGUGUACAUGGGUUUGUCAACACUUGCAUCACUUGCACCAAAGUUAAUGAAGCACGGCCUGCCACCAGAUACCCCUGCUGUUGCAGUAGAGCGCGGGACUACACCUCAACAACGAAUGGUGUUUGCGUUGUUAAAGGAUCUUGUGGAUGAAGUCAAGUCAGCUGAUCUUGUUUCUCCAACUCUAAUAAUUAUCGGGAAAGUGGUAUCCUUGUCACCAUUUUGGGUUGAGUCAUCUGAACAUGAUGCCCUGAAAAUUGAGAGCUCGUAUGCAAGUGAAGCCAGAUGAUAAUACGUUUUCAUGAUUUUAGUGAUUGGACAAUACAUACUUGAGUAACGCAAUAUCCCAGAUAUGAGCAGUUCCAGUUGGGAUCCAUUUAGGACAUGCGAGCACAGGUUCGACCUGGUGUACACAACAUUUCAGGAAGCAUGGAUUCUGAAUGACGGAUGAUAGCUUAAGCCCAUAACAGCCUUUGGGGUUUGGGCAGAAGCGCACUUGGGAGUUGAUGAGGGCAUGUCUGGAGGCUUCAGCUUCAGUAAAUUUACGGCUUUCAAUUCGGUGUCUUCUUCGUCAAAGAAGACUCGGUAGAUGUAUGGUUUUCAAUUCAAUAGCACCUGCAAACUCCUUUCUGACUGGAGGUCCAUUCGGAGUGCAGGGAUUUUACAGAAAUUAGACAAAAAAAGUUCUGUUUUUUGGGGGGAAUUAGAAAAAUCUCUGCUUCCCAAGCGUAGAUAACUGUAAGAUUUUUGUUGUCAUCUUUAAAAUAAUUGUAUUGUUUUUAUGUGUUAUAUUCAUCUUUAAAAACUCUUGGU